UACGUCAUCUCUGUUUGAGCAUAAAAACAUCGUAGUGGGCGUUGUGAAGAGAUAGGUGCAUUUCUUUGCUUUUCUCUGGAAACUUUUCGAAAAAAUGGUGCAACAACUGAACAAAUCUGGAGCGAGGGACUCUCCUUUGCUGAAGGCUGGACACCCUCCAGCAGUGAAGGCUGGAGGUAAGCGGGUGGCCAAGAAGAGUGCGGAAGACAGUGGCACUCAUGGGAGUCAAGAGAAGGACACAAAGAGGUCUGAUAAAGCGAGGUCCCUGGCCACCUCCAACAGGAUGCAACAAGUCAGCAUUCUCCUGGCAGGAACUCUCGACAAGCUGAGCCAUGAUUUUCCAGAGACACCAGUGAGUGUGAGGCACAGUAAGGUGCGGCCUGCGGUGGAGAAGCCCCACUGGCCCAAGACCUUUUUCAUCCAGCAGCCGAGGAAGCAGUGAACAACACUUGUGUAAUAAGAAGAAAAAAAAUGCCCCGUGGGAAUUCUGUUAAGUCAACUGUGAAAGACAAAUAUUAAGUGUUAGACACAGGAGGGGGGGUGGGGCUGGGGGGCUGACAGGUUGUUUGUGAAGUGUCUGUUGAGGGAGAGAAAGCUUUUGUUGAGCUCCACAUUUACUUUCUAGAAAGAAUUAGCUCUUUUUUCAUGCUGUUCUUCUUUGUGAGAAAUCUAUAAACCAGCAUUAAAUGUGCCUUUUCUAGUGUUGUAAGGGACGUGCUGUAUUGUUCACCAGCUGAUGAAUAACAGAUGGCUUCUGGGUAUGUUAACCAUGAGGUGAUGUUUUCAGGCAGUUUUUUUCCCAGUGAAAUCUUUAAUAUGUAAUGCUUGGCACUAAGUAGAUUUAAUAAAAAAACAAUAUUGCAUGGUGUCAUCAGA